AUGCACAUCACAACUGAACCUGGUCAGCCAGGCAUCAUCAUCGACUUUAUUGGCAACCAACAGCCUCCCAGCACAUUCAGACUACUCUGUUUGGAUUGCAUCGUAUACAUCUUUCAGGUUGUGCGGGUUCUAAUCACUUCAAGUCUGUCUUCACAGCUCUUAUUAAAUGGCACAGUGGUUACGACAUUGUCUGUCCCUCCUGCGCUGGCAACUGCUUUAGGAGCCGACAGCGUCACAUUGAUGUUACCGCCCAGAGAAGAUGGUGGGGAUGAAUCCACCUCGGACGAUUUGUUCUACCAUGAUGAUUUGGUGGUUGACAUUGGACUGAGGACAUCAAUCAGGAACAUCAUGUAUGCCGAUAUGGAGGAUCACAGCACUGCAAGAGAUGGAUCAGAGCGUUUGCCAGUGUAG